UUCACCUCUCCCAUCCUCUCGAGCGCCGUCGCAGUGUGCUCAACCCUUCCACGCUCCGCCGCUUCCUCCGCCGCCUCUCUCUCUCUCUCUCCCUCUCUCUCUCUCUCUCUCUCCUAUCCCAAAUCCAUCCCACCACAUCCAUGGCCACCAUUCGAUCCGUCUCCUACACGAACCCCCUCGAGCUUCCAACAAGCAACUGCGGCUUCUCCUCCAAGCCGCAGAUCUUUCCCCAAAACCCUAGCUUCCUCCCCUUCCCCAAAUCCUCCCCUGUUCCCUUCCGCAGUGCUCGUUCCCACCGGUUCAAAUCCCUGGUUAGGGUUCUGUCUCUUCUUUUUUACCUUUUUUUGGGUCAAAGGGCAUUAGUUGCAAUCAGAGCGUCAAAGGUGGUAGCAGUGCCCUUGGAGUUCGUGAAGAAGAGACCGUGGAAAACAAGUGAUGCUAGGCUUGUGCUUGAAGAUGGUUCUAUAUGGAGGGCCAAGUCCUUUGGUGUGUCAGGAACACAAGUCGGUGAAGUCGUGUUCAAUACGUCUUUGACCGGGUAUCAGGAGAUUUUGACGGAUCCUAGCUAUGCUGGCCAGUUUGUUUUGAUGACCAAUCCGCAUAUUGGAAAUACUGGUGUUAAUAGUGAUGAUGAAGAAUCAAGUCGUUGCUUCCUUGCUGGCCUUAUAAUCAGAAAUCUAAGUAUCUGUACUUCAAACUGGCGCUGUUCGGAAACACUUGGUGAUUACUUGGCAAAGAGAAACAUCAUGGGCAUUUAUGAUGUGGAUACACGGGCUAUAACACGUAGAUUGAGACAAGAUGGCAGCCUUAUAGGAGUCCUAAGUACUGAAGAAUCUAAAACUGAUGAAGAUUUGUUAGAAAUGGCACGCAGAUGGAAAAUUGUUGGUGUUGAUUUGAUAAGCGGCGUUUCUUGUGAUGCUCCAUAUGAAUGGACUGAUAAAACCGACCCAGAGUGGGAGUUCCAGAAAAAUCAGAUUUUUGGUGAAAAUCUUCAUGUUGUAGCUUAUGAUUUUGGAAUCAAACACAAUAUCUUGAGGCGCUUAGCAUCCUAUGGAUGUAAAAUCACAGUUGUCCCUUCAAAUUGGCCUGCUUCAGAGACGCUAAAGAUGAAACCAGAUGGGGUUCUUUUUAGCAAUGGACCAGGAGACCCUUCUGCAGUCCCUUAUGCUGUGGAAACAGUGAAGGCUAUAAUUGGAAAUGUUCCUGUUUUUGGUAUAUGUAUGGGCCAUCAAUUAAUUGGUCAGGCAUUGGGUGGCAAAACUUUUAAGAUGAAGUUUGGUCAUCAUGGUGGGAACCACCCAGUUUGUGAUCUCCGGAGUGGACGUGUUGACAUAAGUGCACAGAACCAUAAUUAUGCAGUGGACCCUGAAUCACUUCCAGCUGGUGUUGAAGUAACACACAUAAAUUUGAAUGAUAAUAGCUGCGCCGGCCUUGCUUUCCCGACGUUCAACCUCAUGUCUCUUCAGUAUCACCCAGAGUCUUCUCCGGGGCCUCAUGACUCCGAUCCUGCUUUUGGGGAGUUUCUACAGCUAAUGAAGGCAGUGAAGGCAAAUAAGUCCUAAGCUGUUUCUUUUCUAGUUUUAUUGCUUGAUUGGCACACAGGCUGGCGAUGAAAAGCAGUAGGAAAAGCUUAAUGUAGGAAUACUCUUAUUCUUUCUUGCCUGUUCCAUCUGCUGCAAGACGGUCUCAGAUGAACUCUGAGUAGCUGUUUGUUUUCUAGUUAUCGCAAAAUACAGAGUUUUGUAUGCCUCUUAUAAACUGUAUGUUGAAAUUAAUUAUGAUCUGCUUUUCAUUUCCUCUUUUCUUUUUUUUUUCGUUUGAACUUUUGAGUAGAAAGUCUUAAUGAAGACUCUUUUUCUUUGUUA